UUUAAAAUGGCGAUAACACGAAGACAGAAGUGUGCGCAGGAAAAAAGUGAUAAACAUCAAGAAAAAGAAGCAAAGAAGGAGCAGUUGGUGGUCUUAUCAGACAGUUCAAGUGAUGGAGACAGUAGUGAUCAAGACACAGAUUCUGAAUUAGAAGAUUUAGUUCAACGUGCAUAUGACACAAUCAAGGCAACAGCAACACGUGUUUCCUCAACAAAACACGCGAAAGACGGAGAACAGACAGACGCAGGGUUAGGUUUUAUAAUUGAUACCAACCCUGGCACAUCGACCGAUAUGUCACUGUUGACUAGUCCUGAGGGUAAAUCAAAAGGAAUUAACGAUGAGGAGGAUUCAUCUGGAGAGUCGAAUGAAGAAGACGGGUCUUCGGAGGCGGAGGAUGGAAACGCCGGAGGUGGCAGAAAGACGUUACCUGUGAAAAGAACAGCCAAGAAAUCGAAAAAACCAAGAAAGAAUUCAGUUGAAAAAUCUAGGAAAGACGAGUUGGAGCUUUCAUCCUCCUUGCAGUGUAGUGUGAGUCUAGAGGACGGCUACUUAAAUGUGAACACGUACCAUGCCCCAAAACUACACAAUCCUAAAGUGGACAAGAUGCUGCUGAAGUUGGGGAACCAGGAUGAGAUAAUGAAGAAAAGCAUCAUAACCUCUGAUUUUGAGAAGAAACACAAUGUUCCCUCAUUUGCAGAGAGCCUGAACCAGUUGAAAAAACAGAGACGAGCUGAGCGAGAUAAGACAAAGGGCAAGAAAUGGUUUGACAUGCCAGCUACGGAGAUGACAGAAGAGCGCAAGAAUGACCUGAUGGUGCUGCACAUGAGAAGAGCUCUCGACCCAAAAAGAUUUUACAAGGGGAAUGACAUCCAUGCAUUGCCAAAGUUCUUCCAGAUGGGUACAGUUAUGGAAUCACCUGUGGAUUUUUACCAUGACAGAGUACCCAAGAAGUCAAGGAAGAAGACAUUUGUGGAUGAGCUGUUAGAUGAUGCAGAAUUUAGACAAUUUAACAAAAGGAAGUAUGCAGAAAUACAAGAAGCCACCAGAAAGGCUAGAGGACCUCACAAGCAUAUGAAAAGACUGAAAAAGAAAAAGAAAUGAAACUAACUCAUAUUCAGUUGGUCUCUGUCAAAUAGAAAUCUCUGACAUUCUAUACAUUUUGGCAGCUUAAGCAAAGAUGUGUGAGUAAAUGGGAUCUGUAAUUAUCAGGAGAACAGGAGGACAGAGUUGAUGACAAUAUGUUUAUUCUUAAAAUUUAUUGUAUGUGGGAUCCAUGGCCGCAGUGCAAGUAGAAGACAAUACAGUACAUUAAACUAUGUAAACAUUCAGAAAAUACUUUCAAAAAUUCAGUAUCUUACAUGGAUUGUGAUUUGAAAAAAAUUCUUAUAAUUUUUACAAGUUGUUUUUCAAGUUCUUAUGAAAUAUGAGGUACAAUGUGUAUAGCAUUUUCAACAUGAUGAUGAAAAAAAUAAGAAUCGUCUGUUUUAUCAA